AUGAAGCAGGAAAGCGACUCUCAGGAGUGCGACCCGCCUCGAAUUUCACCUGAGUCAGAACAUGACCAGUACCCCGAAGGCGGGCUAAGGGCAUGGUCUGUGGUUCUGGGAGCUUGGUGUGCAAUGAUUCCCUCUAUGGGACUUUUAAACAGCCUAGGCACUCUACAACCUUGGACAAGUACCCACCAACUCAAGGAUUACUCGGAAUCAAGCAUCGGUUGGAUUUAUGGAGCCUACACCUUUUUCCUUUUCUUGGGAGGUGCCCAAUUUGGUGCCAUCCUUGAUUCCCACGGACCUCUAUACGUGGUACUCCCCGGCUCUAUUGGGAUAGUACUUUCAUUGAUUUUGUUGAGCUUCAGUCAUGAGGAAACAAAUCCUAACGGCCAACAAGAAUAUUAUCAGAUAUUUCUGUCAUUCAGUGUCCUUGGCGGAAUAUCAGCCAGCACACUUUUCACGCCUCCAUUGGCGGCUGUUGGUCAUUGGUUUAAUGUUCGACGUGGCUGGGCAACCGGAGUGGCCUGCACAGCAGGCGGCGUUGGGGGUUGCAUAUUUCCCUUGAUCAUUCUUUUUGCAGCUCCUCACAUUGGGUUUGAAUGGGCGAUUCGUAUAAUCGCUCUAGUAUGUGCAGUGACCUGUUCAAUUGCAUGUCUCACAGUUCGAACUAGACUUCCUCCCAAGAAAUCAGUCACGACCGUCGAUUUCAAGGCUCUCAAAGACAUCAAAUAUGCAUCUGCGACGCUAAGUGUCUUUUUUGCUGAAUUUUCGGCUUUCAUUCCAAUCGCCUACAUCACUUCCUACACACUUCAUGCCGGCUUCGAUGAACAGUUGUCUUAUGCAGUUCUUGUCUUUCUUAACCUCGGCGCUGUGUUCGGACGCUUCCUACCAGGACUGGUGGCUGAUCGGCUAGGUCGAUUUAACGCCAUGAUCAUGAGUUGCUUGAUAUGUUCCUUACUCACUCUCGCCCUUUGGCUUUCGGGGGAUCUAGUCGAUCCCGACAGCUUGGGGAUUGUCAUUAGCUAUGCUGUGUUGUUCGGCUUCUGGAGUGGCUCGGCUAUCAGUAUUGCACCGGUGUGCAUUUCUCAAGUCUGUGAAAUUCAAGACUAUGGGAAAAGAGUUGGAACUACAUGGACUAUAGUGAGCUUUGGCACCCUCAUCGCUAUCCCGAUUGCAGGCGCUAUUCAGCAGCAUAAUAGUGGGGAGUAUUAUGGGUUGAUUAUCUUUGGUGGUGUUCUCUAUUUUUCCUCCACAAUUGCGUUUGUUAUAUCUCGUGGCAUUUGCAAAGGAUGGGGUUGGGGGAUAAGAUUCUAG